UUUUAGAUCCUAUAACUGGAAUAUUGUUAAAUGACGAAAUGGAUGAUUUUUCUAUUCCAGGACGACCAAAUGCCUUCGGACUUAUGCCUUCUCCUUACAAUUAUGCUGCUCCUGGAAAAAGACCAUUGUCAUCAAUAGUUCCAGCAAUUGUUGAAAAUGAAGAUGGGAAUGUUGAAUUAGUGGCUGGUGGCAGUGGUGGAACUAAAAUUCUUUCUGCUGUUUUUCAGGUAUUGUUAAACUUAUAUGAUUUUGAUAUGAACUUGUUGGAUGCUAUCAAUUAUCCUAGAGUUCAUCAUCAGUUGUUACCUGAUAUGUUGUUAAUGGAACAAGGAUAUGACUACGAGUUAGUCGAUAAAUUAUUAUACAUUGGACAUACUGUCCUAUUACAUAAUGUAGAAGAUAGAGAGUAUUCGUGCCAAGUACAUGCUGUUAGAAAACUAAAAGAUGGAACUAUUCAUGCUGUAGGCGAUUAUAGAAAGAAUGGAAUGGGUGCUGGAUAUUAA